GAGAGCUAACUUAACAACUGCGGAUUUGUUUUGUUUUACCCAUGCUUCCAGCUUGUGAUUACAUAAAAAUUUCAUCUGAGACAAAAAAGAAGGAAGAUGUCAGAGGAAAGUGAGGUGAAACAAGAACAGGUCCCUCCCUCAGAUAGUUUAUCGGUAGCAUCGACCUCAAGCUCCACAUCAAGUGAGACAUCUUCCUUUACCACAGCAACAACAACUCCAUCCACAGCAGCUGCUCCAGGGAGUUCUGAACCCACUACAGUAACAUCAAGCACUGAUUCAACAACCACAACAACAGUAACAUCGACCCAAAAUCAACCCAGCCCUUCAGCUGGGCUUAUGAUCACAAGGAGUGCUACCAUAAAACCAGAUGUAACCCUGCAACCAGACUCUGAAGAAGCCAUGGAUACUACCAAAUCAGAAGCAUCCUCCAUUACUAAAACUACACCGAGCUCUGGGACAGUUACAAGAACCUCAUCCCGUGAACCUUCUGUGCCAACACCAACCAUGAAGACGAGAACCAGUGGGUUAGGGGGAGGUAAUGGUGCUGCAAACACCAGUUCAUCUACACCGAGCACCCCCACCAUGAAGACCAGACAUUCCAACAGAGUGACAACCCCAAAGUCUUUGGGUAACACAACCAGUUUGACCGUUGGUGGGAGGGCAAUGUCCACUCCAAGUACACCAGUCACCCUGCAGUCUCAAGAGGAUAGCCUGAUUAAACGCCGAAGCUCGUCGAGAUCGAUCAAGAGGAAGAAGUUUGAUGAUGAGCUUGUGGAGAGCAGUCUGGUGAAGUCAACCCGUGGUGGCAAGGUUCCCCCAUCACCUUUGACACCAGGGUCGAUGCCAUCCACAACCACUCAACAUCAUUCACCAACACCAUCCAAACCAUCACCCGAACCACAGAGUACACCCAAGCCUCAACCAUCACCUCCAUCACCACAGCCUGUGAAAGAAGAAGUAGUGAAGGUGGUGGAGGAAAAGAAGGAAAAAGCUCAACCAAAGGCAGUAGAAAUGAGUAAGCCAUCCCCACCACCACCACCACCUCCCAAGAAAACAGAAGUCCAUGUCCCCAAGAAGCCUAAAAUAGAGACAGCUGUAACCCCUAAACCUAAACCUACACCCUCCGCACCAAGACAGUCGAAGACAGAGACAUUACGCCCAGCUCCGGAGAAAAGGAAGGGAAAAGCACUUGAUGGAGCGAUAACCAAGUGUGACAGUGAGCUGGGUAGGAAUCAAGAAUCUACCCCCAUGCACUCGCGUUCCUCACGCAAAUAUUGCGCUCGCAAAUUUGAGGCAGCUGCGGGGAAGCCUCGCGCAGGCCGUGUUCUCAUGAAUGAUGGAAAAAAAGAUCGUUCAAACUCCAUGAAGCCUUCUAAAUCCAGUUCAUCAAAGUCUAGUCGCUCCAAGAAAUCAAAGUCCAUAGUUCCUUUAGCGAGAGAGACCAGCCGAUGGACUGCUGAAGAUGAUUUAGCAUUGAUCACUGCUAUCCAUCAGACGAAUGAUCUUGAGCAGGUUUUUCAGGGUGUGAAGUUCUCUCAUCGAUUCUCCAUGAAAGAGAUAGAGGAGAGGUGGUAUGCGUUGCUCUAUGAUCCUAUAGCAUCCAAAGCUUCCCAAACAGCCAUGAGGUUACUACAUCCAGACAUUAAGAUUGCUAUCAUGUCGCAAGCUCUCUACUCAGAAGAGGAAGAGAAGGUUCUUGGAACUAUUACUUCAACCUCCCUACCUACUGUGGACACAUUUCAGGAACUCAUCAACAAGAAUGGUACAAUCUUCAAUCCGAUGAGAACGGCUAAAGGCCUACAGACGCAUUGGAUGACAAUGAAACAGUAUCACUUGCUUCCAGACCAAACAGUUCAACCAAUGCCCAGAGGAGACCAUGUAUUAAACUUCUCUGAUGCUGAAGACAUGAUGGAUGACUCACAACUACAAGAUCCAAGGGAUGAAAUCUUAGAGCAUGAGCUUGCAGCCUUUGACAGGAGGCAGAAAAGACAAAUCAGACAUCUUGAAGAUGAGAUUCCAAAAUGGCAGGUCCUGGUUGAAAAUGUUACAGGAAUGCCAUCGCAGGAGUUUGAUAGUCAGACUUUAGCUGUUCUUAGAGGACGUCUGGUCAGGUACCUUAUGAGAUCUAAGGAGAUCACAAUUGGUAGAUCAAGCAAAGACAACACCAUAGACGUAGAUCUAUCUCUAGAGGGGCCAGCAUGGAAGGUCUCUAGGAAACAAGGAAUCAUCAAACUCAGAAACAAUGGGGAAUUCUAUCUAGCUAACGAGGGCAAGAGGGCCGUUCACAUCGAUGGGAAACCGGUACUCAAAGGACAGAAGUGGAAACUAACCAAUAACUCAGUAGUAGAGAUUGCCGGAUUAAGGUUCAUCUUUCUUGUCAACCAAGAUGUAAUCAGCACAUUAAGAACAGAACCAAUGGCCGUCAAAUGAUCGCCUAGCUCUCGUUACAGAGAUGGAGGAGAAUUGUAUCCUUAAGGUAUACCACACCUUGCUAUAUGAAACUGAUAUCAAUGUCAAUUGUUCAUGCAAAAGGAAACAGGUGACAUGUUAACCCAAUUUGCAUUGAUACAUGUUUGUAUUCCAACCUACUGUGCUUUAUUUGGGUUGUUUGGUGUAGAAAUUACAACCUUGUUAACUUUGCCAUUGUAGUAACUCCCACAGAAAUGUAUUUUAAUUGACUGCUGGGCCUUGUAACCAUGCAAAAGUCACCAUAGUUGUAAAUUCUUAAUGAAAAUGGGCCCUUGGGUGAAAUUUAUA